UUUCAAGUUUAGCUGCAAAAAACACCUAGAAGCGCCACACACUGAUCACCUUCCUCGCCGGACGUUUAAUUAAGCUCCGGUGAUCUCCAAAUCCCAUCUUUAUUUCUUUCAAAAUCUCAUAUUAGCACCGCCUACCUUUCUUUCAUGGAGGUUUGGUGCGUAAAAUAACUCGUGUGUAUUAUUAGGACCUAAACCCGUCUUAAUUAGUCUAAAUUAUUAUUAAUCUCCCUCCAUAUAAUAUAGCGGGGGUGGUAGUUUCGGAGGCGCGGAGGAAUUUGGGAAGCGGAGCUGGAAAAAAUCGGUGGUGGUGUGAUGGGAUUUUGUAUAUGCCCCUUGGAGACUCCGGCGAGGUUGCUGUGGAGCACCAGUUUCUUCCGUCACAAGAUUAUGAUCUUCUAAUUAAUUCCACACCCACACACCCCUCAAUUACAAUCAGAGCCCAUACUAAUAAUAUUCUCAGGCCACCCACCUGAUAAUUAGUACUCAUCAUCACUCUUUAAGCAAGAAUCGACGGCGGAGAUCUAGCCGCGACCCCCUUGGCCUACCCGCGCUUAGAACUCACCAGAACAGAGCAUCAUCAGUGACCGACGAUGGAGCCGUGCCGUUUUUUCUUUGACCCUUCGACGACAUCGUCCGCUUGCCAGCAAGGUGGUGGCAACAUGCUGUUCCUCGGGAAUGCUGAUCACGUUUUUCGAGGGCCGAAAUCGGUUAUGGGAUUGAUGGAUCAAGAAAGCUCGAGGAGGAGAAGUUUUUUCAGCUCAUCGUCAUCGCAAGACGAACUGUUCGACGAAGAAUAUUACGACGAGCAGUUGCCGGAAAAGAAGCGCCGCCUCACUCCUGACCAGGUGCAUAUGCUGGAGAAGAGCUUUGAGACAGAGAACAAGCUGGAGCCAGAGAGGAAGACGCAGCUGGCCAAGAAGCUGGGGCUGCAGCCAAGGCAGGUGGCUGUGUGGUUCCAGAACCGCAGGGCUCGCUGGAAGACAAAGCAGCUCGAGCGCGAUUAUGAUCUUCUCAAAUCUUCUUAUGACUCCCUUUUGUCUAAUUAUGAUUCUAUCCUUAAGGAGAAUCACAAGCUCAAAUCCGAGGUGGUUUCCAUAAACCAGAAACUUGAAACUAAAGAGGAGACCAGCAAUAUCAAAGCAGCAGCAUUUGCACCUGAUCAUGCUGACGACGACAAGUGCGACCCUCUUGUUCCUGCUGGUGAUGAGAUGAGGGAUGCUGUUCCAAUAAGCUAUGCCGCUGGUCUGCAAUAUAGCUGCAGCGUCAAAGUUGAGGACCGCCUGAGUUCCGGGAGCGGAGGAAGCGCAGUGGUGGACGAGGUCGAAGGUCCUCAGCUUGUGGACAGCGGCGACUCCUACAAUUUUCUCAACGAGGACAACGUCCACAAUAAUUACCCUCAUCAUCAUCAUCAUCAUAGUGGGGUCAACUCAGAAGAAGACGACGGCAGUGACGACGGGCGGGGUUACUUCUCCGAUGUGUUUGCGGCUGCCGUGGAGGAGCAGGUACAGCAGGAGGAGGGUGUGUCUAUGGGCUGGUGGGUGUGGUCCUAAUAAUUUCCUUAAAAUUAAAAGUGUCCUACUAUGUAUGUAUGGGGUGUUUCUAUAUGUUGAGCUCAUUGUUCUUCACAGUUUACGAAUACAAAUGUGUAAUGCUAGUGUACGCAGCAGCUUACUUGUGCCUCAGAUACUCGAUAUUAAUCUGUGCGCCAAUAAUAAAUGCAAAGUGUUUUCGUCAA